AUGUCUCAAGCCACCCUUGAUUCUGGAGCUCUCGAUGAGUUGAACUCCGUCGAGACUCGCAUCUUAUUCGACACCACCGACAAGCUUUCCUCACUUGGCAUUGGCAAAAUCGUGAACCUCCCCCAAAUCAUUGUCGUGGGGGACCAGUCAUCCGGAAAGUCAUCUGUGCUUGAAGCGAUUUCUCAUGUCAAGUUUCCCGUUAGCUCCGGCUUGUGCACACGUUUUGCCACAGAGCUGGUUCUCCGAAAUGGCACACAAAGACGCGUCAAGGCCACCAUUCGGUUCCAUAACGAUGUUAGACCUGCACAGGAAAUUCGGGUCGACUUUUCUGAGGGAGAAGACAUUGGCAAAGUCGUUACCGCCGCCAAAGAGCACAUGGGCCUCACCGAUUCCAACAGGGGAUUUUCCAAGGACGUUCUACGUCUGGAGGUCGAAGGCCCAAAUCUGUACCCUCUCACCCUGGUCGAUCUACCCGGAAUCUUCCACACCGCGACGGCAAAACAGUCGGCGGAGGGCAGAACAACUGUCAUGGAACUGGUAGAAAGUUACAUGGAAAAGAAAAACAGCAUCAUCCUCGCCGUCAUAUCAGCCAGUAAUCAGCUCGCCAACCAGAGAGUCCUAGAAGAGGCGGCGAAACACGACCCCACAAGGGAGCGUACACUUGGGGUCAUUACAAAGCCAGAUCUUCUCCAUCCAGGAUCUCCUGACGAGCUCGAGUAUCUUCAAGUGAUCAGAGGCCGCGAGGUGGUGCACAACUUGCAGCUGGGAUGGCAUGUGUUACGGAACCUUCCAGACUACGGCAAAUCCGAGGCAGAUCCUGACUCUCGGGACGUAGUCGAAAGAAACUUCUUCGAAUCCGGGUCCUGGGCUUCCAUACCGGUAAUCCAUCGGGGCAUCUCUGCUCUACGAAAACGUCUCAGCCACAUUCUCCAUGAUCACAUCAAGAAAAGCCUACCAGGUGUUCUUGGAGAAAUUCAGGAGAAGCUCGCUGAAAAUGAGGCCGAGAUCACACGCUUAGGGCAGGCCAGAUCCAGUCAUGCCAGCAUGAGAGCAUAUCUUGUGGACAUUGCAGGAGGCUUCGAGAGACUUGUUCGCGACGGCAUUCAGGGCCAUUACAAUGAUCCGUUCUUCGGCGGCUUUGAUGGCACUGAUCGGAAGUUACGGUCUCACCUACGAAAUUUCAAUCGAGCCAUUCGUCAUAUCCUCAUUGUGAAAGGGUCAUCACAGAAAAUUUCCUCUGCCGUUCCUAGUCCUAAGAGACGGAAGUUCAUGCCUCCGCAUCUUGAAGAGUUCCUCGAAAAACAUCCAUACGACCUUCAGAUACCCGAACCAAUUACCUGGUCGGAGAUGGCCACUCAACUGGAGCGGCAAGCGGCUGCAAACCAAGGGACCGAGUUUCCCGGAUAUGCCAAUACGGACUUGAUUGUGCAGCUUUUUCGGAGACAAUCGAGGCCCUGGGAGGCUGUCGCCAGGCUACAUUUGAAAAAGGUUAUCGUUGUUGUAAAGGGCUUCGUAGAUCAGGCAUUUGAGCACAUCGCUGGACCCUUAGGCACCUGUAGUACCACUUCCAGCAUUCUGUCGACUUGCGUCGAUCCUUUCUUUGAUGCAAAGGAGGAGAUUCUCGAGAAUAAGCUGCGGGAGCUUCUUCGACCUGUCCAGCAAGGAUACGCGCUACCUCUUGAUGCCGACUUCCAGGAAGCUAUGGACCGCAGAACUUCUGAUCUUGGUGUGGAGAAUGCCUCAGGGGACUUCGACAAUGAAAACUCAAACGACGGAAGCUCAGAAGGCUCGCAACAUACGGGAACCGGAAUUUCACACAGAUGCAAUGAGUUCGGGACCCAAUGGGCCAUAGAAACAAUGCAGACAUUCUACGACAUGGCGUUGCGCACAUUCACUGACAACCUGAUCAACCUGGCGUUGGAGAGCUGUCUCAUACAAGAGCUCCCAGGAAUCCUAACACCGAAGGAUGUUAACGAAAUGGAUGACACAAGGCUGGAGGAGCUCGCGGCCGAGUCGGAGGAGAUCCGGGCGCGGCGUACACAACUACAGAGCGACAUUAAGCUGCUCAAACAGGGCCUGGGUCAAUGCCGCCGAUACAGGCCCAGAGGCGUGAUGAAUCAACCCACCACUCCCACCAAGAGCGCUCAGCAAGAGAUUGCUGGAAGAUUGUCCACAAACGCUAAACCUCACGGCCAACAAUCGAGCCAAGGAUCCAUACCAAAGGCAGUGCCCAUCGUCAGAACCCCCACAGAAACCGAGCAAUCGGCCAGGACACCCCCACCUAAGAAGACGAAGAGCCCGGUGGUCAAAUUACCUCCCUCCGAAAGCUAUGCUCCAACUACUGUGAAGCCUGAGAAUAGCUCUCCAACUAAGAACAGCGGACUCUGGGGCAACACGUACAGAAAACCCGCAGCAUUUGGCGACAAGUCCGGCAACCUGUUUGCUUCAAUCCCAACUCGUCCUGUGAGUACGAACGGAACAUCAGGACGGUCUCCAGAACAGCCAGGAACGUUCGGCUUUGCGAAGGGGUUUGGAGGGCUGGGAGUCACAGAAUCCAAACCCCGUUUCGGUGGGUUCGGGGGUAGCCCAAGUGGCUCCUUUACUUUUGAGUCGCAAAGCACCGCUGCGGCCACUUCGCCGUUCGGAUCCAGCGAAGCAAAAGUUCAGGGUGAGAAGACCAGCUUUUUGAUUGCAUCAAGGCAGUAA